CUUAAGAAAAUAAAGAUGAAGCCAGCUCAUUUGCCCUUCUAUAAAAAGGCAGAAGAAUGAACUUUGUCUCCAUCCCUCGUGGAUGUAGUGAGAUGGAGUGGAGAAAGAUCUUGCUUCUGAAAGACCAGGACCAGCUGUUCAGGAGCAUCCCGGACCACAGCCAGGCACAGUUGAGAGCGAUCUAACUAGAGACUGCCGCCGGCUCCUCGCAGCGAUGUCGGUGGUAGAAGAGAGCCGACCGUUCGCUCAACAGCUAUCCAAUGUCUACUUCACGAUACUUUCACUUUUCUGCUUUAAGCUUUUUGUGAAGAUCAGUCUGGCCAUCCUCAGCCAUUUCUACAUUGUAAAAGGCAACCGCAAGGAGGCAGCAAGGAUAGCAACUGAAUUUUAUGGAAUAACCCAAGGACAAGGUUCCUGGGCAGAUAGAUCACCACUACAUGAAGCCGCAAGUCAAGGCCGUCUUCUUGCAUUGAAAACAUUAUUAUCACAGGGCUAUAAUGUGAAUGCAGUAACCAUAGACCACGUCACCCCAUUGCAUGAAGCCUGCCUGGGUGGUCAUGUAGCGUGUGCCAGAACUCUUCUGGAGGCUGGAGCCAGCGUAAACGCAAUCACAAUAGAUGGUGUGACCCCAUUAUUCAAUGCGUGCUCACAAGGCAGCGCGAGCUGUACAGAGCUUCUACUGGAGUACGGUGCCAAAGCCCAGCUGGAGUCCUGCCUCCCGUCUCCCAUACACGAGGCUGCUAGUAAAGGUCACCACGAAUGUCUCGACACACUGAUCUCCUGGGGCUCGGACGUCGACCAAGAUAUUCCUCACUUGGGAACACCUCUCUACGUCGCUUGUGUCUCCCAGCAAUUCCAUUGCAUGCAGAUGCUUCUUUAUGCUGGUGCUGACGUACAGAAAGGCAAAUACUGGGAUACUCCUUUACAUGCUGCUGCUCAGCAAUCCAGUGUAGAAAUCGUAAGCUUGCUGCUAGAAUUUGGAGCAGAUAUCAAUGCAAAAAACACGGAGUUUUUGAAACCUAUAGAUGUAGCUACCUCUAAUAGCGUCGUGGAAAGAGUUCUGCUUCAGCAUGAAGCCACCCCAAGCUCUCUUUGCCAACUUUGCCGACUCUGUAUCCGUAACUGCAUAGGAAGGCCAAGACUGCAUCUCAUGUCCCAGCUGCAGCUACCAACAUUACUUCAGAAUUUCUUACAGUAUCGAUAAAUAAUGAAGUAGCUUUAAAUUCUUUGAAAACAAAAAAUUUGUAUUU